GCCAAAUCCGUACCUCCAUCUCAAAUCACAAUCUCCUAUCCUGCUCAGAGCUCACUCACUCCCUUACUAACACUUGCGUCACCCCAGCCCCGACUUCCACGGAUACCACUAUAAAGACGUCUCAUUUUCCAAUUCCCCGGCCGCCACCCCACUCCCCUGCUGCGCGAUUUCGUACCAACCAUCAUCAAUUCCCAGAAAGGAAAGGGAAAAGAUUUCGAAUCUGAUUUUUCUGUAAUGGCGACGGCUUCAGCUUCCUCGACGAGCCUUUUCAUCUCAAAAUCCUCGCCCUCGUCUAAACUUUCAUGGAAGAACCAGCUUCCACUUCCCUCCGCCUUAGCCGCCAUCUCCCUCCGUGGCUGCGGCAGCAACCAUCGCCACUCCCCCAGGCUCGUGGUUUUCGCUAUGGACGCCAAACCUACCGUCCUGGUUGCGGAAAAGCUCGGCGAAGCUGGAAUCAAUCUCUUGAAGGACUUCGCCAACGUCGACUGCUCCUAUAAUUUGAGUCCGGAAGAGCUUUGCACCAAGAUCUCGCUUUGCGAUGCGUUGAUUGUUCGCAGUGGAACCAAGGUCACUCGUGAGGUUUUUGAGUCCUCCGAUGGAAGGCUUAAGGUCGUCGGACGAGCUGGCGUGGGGAUUGAUAACGUGGAUCUGGCCGCUGCCACCGAGCAUGGAUGCCUUGUCGUUAAUGCUCCAACCGCUAACACUGUCGCCGCGGCAGAGCAUGGGAUCGCGCUGCUAACUGCCAUGGCUCGUAACGUUGCUCAAGCCGAUGCCUCCAUCAAAGCUGGGAAAUGGCAGAGGAACAAAUAUGUUGGUGUGUCACUUGUUGGCAAGACACUUGCUGUAAUGGGGUUUGGAAAGGUCGGGUCUGAAGUUGCUAGGCGAGCAAAGGGACUCGGCAUGUAUGUUAUUGCUCAUGAUCCAUAUGCCGCAGCAGAUCGUGCCCGUGCUGUAGGAGUUGAUCUUGUGAGCUUUGAUGAAGCCAUCGCAACCGCAGAUUUCAUUUCACUGCAUAUGCCCCUUACUCCUGCCACUUCUAAGAUUCUUAAUGAUGAAAAUUUUGCAAAGAUGAAGAAAGGGGUGCGGAUUGUAAAUGUUGCUCGUGGAGGAGUAAUUGAUGAGGAUGCACUAGUGAAAGCGCUGGAUGCAGGCAUAGUGGCUCAGGCAGCUCUUGAUGUUUUCAUUGAGGAGCCACCUUCAAAGGACAGCAAGUUGGUGCAACAUGAGAAUGUAACUGUGACUCCGCAUCUAGGUGCCAGCACUAUGGAAGCUCAGGAAGGAGUGGCCAUUGAAAUAGCUGAAGCUGUUGUUGGAGCAUUGAAAGGGGAGCUUGCUGCUACUGCUGUUAAUGCACCCAUGGUUCCUGCUGAGGUCUUAACGGAGCUGAAGCCGUUUGUUGUACUAGCUGAAAAACUUGGAAGACUGGCUGUCCAAUUAGUAGCAGGAGGAAGUGGGGUGAAAAAUGUGAAAGUCACUUAUGCAUCAUCAAGAGCCCCUGAUGAUCUUGACACAAGGGUACUCCGUGCCAUGAUUACAAAGGGUCUAAUUGAACCUAUUUCCGAUGUUUUUGUGAACUUGGUAAAUGCAGAUUUUACUGCUAAACAGAGAGGACUCCGUAUAACUGAAGAACGAAUUCUUCUGGAUGGUUCACCUGAAAAUCCGCUUGAGUUCAUCCAGGUUCAAAUCGCAAAUGUAGAAUCAAAAUUUGCCAGUGCCAUUUCUGAGUCGGGGGAAAUCAAAAUGGAGGGACGGGUUAAAGAUGGAAUCCCUCAUUUGACAAAGGUUGGAUCUUUUGAAGUGGAUGUCAGCUUGGAAGGCAGUAUCAUUCUGUGCAGACAGGUUGAUCAACCUGGAAUGAUUGGAAAGGUUGGGAGCAUUUUGGGUGAGGAAAAUGUGAACGUUAGCUUUAUGAGCGUUGGAAGAGUUGCUCCAAGAAAGCAUGCUAUAAUGGCAAUUGGAGUAGAUGAACAACCCAGCAAGGAAUCAUUAAAGAGGAUUGGAGAAAUCUCAGCGAUUGAGGAGUUUGUUUACCUUAAGUUAUAGUUAGUUUUUAGCCUCACCGAUUUUGACUGUAAUUUCCACUGGCAAGGCUACAAUUCAGUUUUAGAUUUGAGAUUGUGUGAUGCAUUUAGUUGCUGUUGUCACCUGACAAAUUUUGAAAUGCUACGGUCUGUUGGUUAAUUUUCAUUCCUGUCAAUUAGUAAUUCUUUCAA